AUGAGCGUUUCCCGCAGGCUGCUCGCCGUCGCGCGGCGACAGGCACCGAUGUUGCAAAGCUGUGCCAGGACAGCUUCACGAUGGUCAAUCCUCCAAGCAAGUAGAGGCAUACAUCAACAACCGCCACGCAAUGCUCAACACAACGCGGCAGCUAGAGCGGAGGAAGAUUCUGUACAGAGCGAAUCGCUCAACCCAGCAUUGUCCUUUCCGUGCCUUGACGCACUCGAAUCGAAAUCCGCUUCCCUCUCGAAACGCUCGACCGCAGGCCCUGAGCCAUCGUAUACGUCCGGGCAUACCGAGAUUUUUCAUUCGAAACAGCCUAUACUUCUGGACUGGGGCGGUGUAUUGCCACAAUUCGACGUGGCAUACGAGACCUGGGGAAGCCUGAACCAGGACAAAAGCAACGCCAUAUUGCUGCACACUGGCCUUUCAGCUUCAAGUCAUGCACACAGUACCGAGUCGAAUCCCAAGCCAGGGUGGUGGGAGAAGUUCAUCGGGCCGGACAAGCCUCUGGACACCACCAAGUACUUCGUCAUCUGCACAAACGUCAUUGGAGGAUGCUACGGUUCGACGGGACCUUCUUCAAUCGAUUCAACGAGCGGCAAGCGCUAUGCGACACGAUUUCCCAUUCUGACGAUGGAGGACAUGGUACGCGCACAGUUCCGGCUGUUGGAUGACCUGGGCAUCCAGAAGCUAUACGCAAGUGUAGGAUCCAGCAUGGGUGGCAUGCAGAGUCUCGCGGCCGGCAACUUGUUUCCUGAGCGAGUCGGUCGGCUUGUCAGCAUCAGUGGCUGUGCGCGCAGCCACCCCUACAGUAUCGCCAUGAGGCAUACACAACGGCAAGCACUCAUGAUGGACCCCAAUUGGGCUCGAGGCUUCUACUACGAUAGCAUCCCCCCACAUGGUGGCAUGAAGCUGGCUCGUGAGAUCGCGACCGUCACAUACCGAAGUGGGCCAGAGUGGGAGCUACGGUUCGGCCGUCGUCGCGCAGACCCGUCGCGGCCACCAGCGCUCUGUCCUGAUUUCCUCGUCGAGACGUACUUGGACCACGCCGGUGAGAAGUGGUGUUUGGAGUACGAUCCCAAUAGUCUGUUGUAUGUUUCGAAAGCCAUGGAUAUGUUCGAUCUGGGUCAGGAGCAUCGCAAUCGUGUCAACGAGCGCAGGGCUGCAAAUGCAAGCAAAGUACAGGCAUAUCUUGAUGGCAAGGGUACUGAGUCUGAAGCCAUCGCUGAUGCUUGCAGCUUGACCCUUCCCGAGCAGCCAUACGAAGAGAAAGAACAGCCUGCAGACUUUGACGAAAGCAACGCCCCUACGGCUGACGGGAGCGAGCCGCCAGCCGACUUGGUUGCGGGUCUUCGACCGUUGGCCAACACCCCAGCACUAGUUCUAGGUGUCGCGAGCGAUAUUCUGUUUCCUGCGUGGCAGCAGCGCGAGAUUGCAACGACGCUGAAGCGCGCAGGAAACAAGAACGUGACACACAUCGAGCUGGGUGAGGAGAAGAGCAUGUUUGGUCACGACACUUUCCUUCUCGAUCUCGAGAACGUCGGUGGCGCAGUCAAGUCGUUCCUUGGUUGA